AUGUCACACAGCCGCAUCUUGAUUGUACGGCAUGGUGAGACCAAUGAAAAUGUGCAGGGUAUUGUACAAGGCCAGCUAGAUACUAUGCUGAACGAGAUCGGGUAUGAGCAGGCACAUAAAACGGGCAUGGCGCUGCGCCAUGAGCCACUUUCGCGCAUUAUCACGAGUCCGCUGAAACGCACGCUGCACACCGCAGAAGCCAUCGCAUCGUUCCAUCCCGGUAUACAGGUCGAACUCGAUGCACGACUGAAAGAACGCUACUUUGGAGAAAUAGAAGGGCGCGCCUUCGAGAGUCCAGCACAUUGGCCAGCACAUGCAGAGGGCAUGGAACCUCGCGAUCAGCUACGAGACCGCCUGGCAUCCAUGUGGGAAGACUUGAAGCGCGACGCUCAAGCCAGGCCCUCUAUCAUUGUGCUCGUAAGUCAUGGAGGUGCGAUAAGUUCUCUCAUCCACCAUGUGAUCGUGCGAUCAGGUGACGCUGUAUUUGCCCCAUCUAUUACCCCCCAUCGCUGCUGGAAUUGCAGCAUCUCCGACAUUCAUCUGCCUGCCGAUGCCCCAGGCGUCAUUGUGCGCUGGGCUGACGUCUCGCACCUCGAAGAUGCCGCACACAAGGUGGUCAAUGUAGACGAAAAUUUUACCGCAUAG